AAUAGCCCCGUAGGGCAACAAGGCUGGUUAGUUUUGACCGUGCUGCUUGUACCAUGAAAAAAAAAUCGAUCUCUAUUGGCAGCCAUUUGGGCUUUUAUAUCUGUGAUGCCCCUUUUUUGAACUGUGGUCAUUAAAUGAAGGAAUCUGGUCUGGGAGGGUCCAUCCAUCCCUGCAAAUGAACGAGGGACAGGCAAACUCUCCGGCGAUCUAAAGGAGAGGGAAUGUUGACUAGUGAACACCGCCCGGGCCGAUCAGAAGAGCAGGAACCGGAGCCCAUGCUCAGUCAGAAAACUGUCGGAUCCAGACUUUGGCUCGGGGACGGUUGGAAGUGGGAGAUGGAGAUGCCAGAGGAAGCCGCCAAUAGUGAGCAUUCGCUACCCCCUGUUUAUAUUUAUAGUCCCGAGUAUGUCAGCAUUUGCGACUCCCUCACCAAGGUCCCCAAACGGGCCAGUAUGGUCCACUCUCUGAUUGAAGCAUAUGCCCUGCAUAAACAAAUGAGGAUUGUGAAGCCCAAAGUAGCCUCCAUGGAGGAGAUGGCCUCCUUCCACACUGAUGCCUAUCUGCAACAUCUCCAGAAGGUCAGCCAAGAAGGUGAUGAGGACCAUCCAGACUCCAUAGAAUAUGGACUAGGUUAUGACUGCCCAGCCACAGAAGGGAUAUUUGACUAUGCAGCAGCUAUAGCAGGAGCGACCAUCACAGCUGCCCAGUGUCUGAUUGACGGGAAGUGUAAAAUAGCGAUUAACUGGUCCGGAGGGUGGCAUCACGCAAAGAAAGAUGAAGCAUCUGGUUUUUGUUAUCUCAAUGAUGCUGUCCUGGGAAUAUUAAGAUUGCGACGGAAAUUUGACCGUAUUCUCUAUGUGGAUUUGGAUCUGCACCAUGGAGAUGGUGUGCAAGAUGCCUUCAGUUUUACAUCCAAAGUUAUGACUGUGUCCCUGCACAAAUUCUCCCCAGGAUUUUUUCCAGGAACAGGUGACAUGUCUGAUGUUGGCCUGGGAAAGGGACGGUACUACAGUGUCAAUGUGCCCAUUCAGGAUGGCAUACAGGAUGAGAAGUACUAUCACAUCUGUGAAAGUGUACUAAAGGAAGUGUACCAGGCCUUCAAUCCUAAAGCAGUGGUUUUACAGCUGGGCGCAGAUACCAUCGCUGGGGAUCCCAUGUGCUCCUUUAAUAUGACACCAGUGGGGAUCGGCAAGUGUCUGAAGUAUGUCCUUCAGUGGCAGUUGGCCACUCUGAUUUUAGGAGGAGGAGGCUAUAACCUUGCCAACACGGCUCGUUGCUGGACAUACUUGACCGGGGUCAUCCUAGGGAAAACACUAUCCUCUGAGAUCCCAGAUCAUGAGUUUUUCACAGCAUAUGGUCCUGAUUAUGUGCUGGAAAUCACGCCAAGCUGCCGGCCAGACCGCAAUGAGCCCCACCGAAUCCAGCAAAUCCUCAACUACAUCAAAGGUAAAGGCCAGAUGUUGUGGUGUACACCUGCAACCCGAGCACUGCUGAGGCUGAGGCAGGAGUGUUGAUGAUACAGUGCCAGCAUUUGCUACAAAGGAAUCUGAAGCAUGUGGUCUAGUUGACAGAAAGAGACCAGCUUCCCAGCGCUGGGAAUCCGUGCCUAUAAUGAAGACAGUGUGUUGAUGCAAGCAGUUUGUGGAAUUUGUGACUGCAGGGGAAAUUUGGAAGAAAUUACUUCCUGAAAUUUUUCAAGGGGCACCAAGUGGCAGCUGGCCUCCUGGGGUGAGGAGGCAGGCACCCCAGAGCCAGGCCUAGGGGGAAGAGCAAGUUAUCCAGCAUUUAAAGUGUUUAUUUUAAAACACACACACACAAAUUCAGCUUUCAGUCUUUCAAAAUUAUUUUUAAGCAAGUUGGGGAGGGGGUAUUUUUAUCUUCUAAAAGGGGACAAGUCAGAAGCUGCAGGAAAGUGGGGUUGGGUGGGGUUAGCAGACAGGCAGGUUUGGGCCCUGGGGGCCAUCUAGGUAGAGCCCUGUGGAGGCGGGCUAUCAGCAGACCGGGAGGGAAAGAGGAGUUUACCACUUUUGUUUUAGUGUUCUUCACCCAUGUUGUUUUUAAUAAAAUUUCAAAAACCUA